AUGGCUGCAGAGGUAACAGCCAAAUCAGCCCAUCAAGGAGCUUCCACCAGAGAUGCCAGCCUUUCAGGCUUUCAGUUAAGCCAUGAGCAUAAAAAGGCUCAGCCUCCUCUUUAUCAAAAAACAACAUCCAGUUACAGAAAAGGAGCCGAGGCAGGGGAAAGAGGCGAGGAGGAAGCAAGAGCAAAGAUAGGAACUAGCAGCACAAAAGCUGGUACAAAGAACGACCCAGAAGGCCUAGCCCACCAGCCAGUAGACGAGGUGGAAGAGAGGCAGACCAGAGAAGAAGAGCCAAAGUCAGUGACUCCCCAGCCAGAAGCAGGGGAGAGUGAUACACACAUCGAGAAGGAUGGGACCGUAGUACGAACAGAGGAGCCAGAGCCAAUGGCACCUCCAGUGUCGAAACCGAAGGCAGUUAAAAGGAAAUUAGUGUUGAAGAGCGAUCCUAAGGCAGAACGGCCGAAGCCGAAGACAGUGUCACAAAGAUGCCUAGGGAAAUGGACAUCCAGCAAGGCGAAAGCAAACACAGCAGCGGAUGCAGUAGAGGUUUCGAGUGAAGAAGAAAAGACUACUCCUACAAAACCUAGGGAGGAACCCUUAUCAGCUACUAACUUGGAAGAUGCUUCGACGGCAACCGAAGUGGUCACCCCCACGCCGAGUGACCAGAGAGAGGAGACUGAUAAGAUGGCUGAGGGUCUGGACCUCGCAUCUGAGUCAGUAGGUCACGACGAGCCAAGAGAUGACAGUACCCAUAUCCGCGUGGAGACCCAGCCUACUGCCCAGGACAAGCCUUCAACACAAACAGAGAAGAGACCGGAAGAUGAUGAAGACGGAAAUGAGGACAAGUACGGCGAGGAGAGAAAAAAGAAGGGGAAAUCCCCUGUUACAAAGAAGCCAAGCCGCAAGAAGCAACGCACAGUCAACACAGGCGUCGUCAUCACAGAACCAAAUCAAAGAGCCCCACCGCGCCGAAGUGACGUCUCCCUAGACGAUGAAGAGUAUGGUGAACAACAACUUCCACACAACCAUCGGGAGCUGAUACAUCCUCCGGUGGAGAGAUUGAAGUACUGGCGUUGGAAGGUGGAGCUCACUGACGAGCUAAUUGAGGGCAUGAAGCACUUUAUCACGAAAAAGCUACAGGAUGCGUUUGAUGACAAGGACGAUGACAACAAGCAAAUCAAGAGCGGGAAGGGUCACCACGGACUUGGAUGA